AAUCCUCUGAUCCUCGCUUCUAUACACCAUAGGCUAGCGCUACACACGUGGGUACCCGUAAUUGAUAGUGGUCGUUUGUUUACAUGCACACACGUGCGUACGUACGCAUCGGGUCAUCGAUCAACAACAAACUUUUGUACACAGUGUACGUGUACGUGCCAGAGCGAUAUCAAAACUUUCGAAACUAAAUAUACUAGAAGGCCUAGGCCCAAGAUCUUUUCUACGGGUUACCAUUUGUACUCUGAUUUCAAAUUCUCAUGCAAAUGGAAUAGACCUUACUCUUUUAGUAAUGUCGAAACGGAAGAGAACAUAUGAUGGUGACGAAGCAAGGCAGCUUUUCCAAGCUCUUUAUUUUAGUGAGGUCGACUCUGAUCAUGUCGAAUCCGAACAUCUUCAAGAAGUUCAACCUAAGGCAAAGGGUCUUUGCUUGCGGCUUAGCUCCAGUACUAGUUCCAGCGGUUCUGACUCUGACUCUGAAACCGGGCUGCACCCCCGGCUGCACAUUGGCAAGGGUUUGUCUCCGAAUUCAAGUGAUGGCCAUGAGUCGCAAUAUGACAGGAUUGAUGCUCAGAAUAAGGUGAAACAUUUCAGUGAAACCAGCAAUACACCAAAGGAGAACUCACAUCCCCAAAGAGAUGAGCACAAGUAUGAAGCCAAACUGGAAGCAGAUGGACACCAAUUGGAAGAUUGUUCAUUCACAGAAGUAGAUUUGUCUUUUAGUGAGUCAGAGUGCUACAUUUCUGAAGUCUAUGAGACCUCCGAAGCAUCAGACAUAGAUGGAACCCCUGAUGACAGAGAAGAUGUGGGAGUUACUGUUUCAGAGGUUGAUUUGAAUGGUGAAGGUAGUGAUUCUGAAACAGAUGCACUGAGAGAAGAAGACGACGAAACACAUAUAGGAAUUGUAUCAGAGGUUGAUGUACAGAAUACUGCAGAUAGUGACAUUGAGAUGGAUACAGUUAGUGAAGAAUGUGACAUUGGAGUAGGGUGCAUGGAUGAUGAUAAAGCUCUCCGAGGUAGAAAACGCACCCGUGUACAUUUUGUUGAUGGCAGUUCUGAUUCAUCUUGUGCAAGUAUUCCUUCAUUGAGUGUUAAGAAAAGAAAAAAAAACAAGUCCAGUCGAGAGUUAGCAUCAAUAUUAAGAAUGAAAUGCUGCAAAAACUAUUGUCUACACAAAGUUUCCAGAAGAGAAGCAGCCACCUGUAGGAAUAAAUUCCAAGAGAAGGCCAAAUGGGAGCAGAGGAAAUGGAUUUUGGAAUACCUCUUGGAACAUCAUGAAGCAUCUGGGAACCUGAUCUUAAUCAGAUUCAGUAUUGGAGUGACAGAAAUUUGUCGGCGUGGAUGGCGAUUAGCCUUAGGAAUCUCCAGGACAAGGCUUUGGCAGAUAAAUACCCAUUUCCAAGGUAAUUAGUUUUGAUAUACCAGUAAUUGAUUUCAUAAAAUGAAUACUUAAUGGUAAGUCAAAUUUCACCAAAUGCAACAAUUUUUCCAUUUGUAAAACCUAAUACUUGUCUGAAGCAGAUUGUAUGUAGGAAAAACCUUGAUCACAUCAAGUGAUGCAAUCAUCUAAGAAGAGAAUUACCAAAGCAUGUGACUAACAAGUAGGUAUUUGUAACAUCUGUCUAAGCCCUUCAUUGUUGAAGUCAAGU